AGGGUGCAUCAAGCUAAGCGCGUUCCGCGGUAGCCGUCCUGUUAACUGCCAUCGUAAAAGACAAACCGUUAACUUAAAACUAACGUUGACGUAUCCGAGCCGUCGGGUUAGUCCAAACUGUAAACAACAAUACUGCCGUUUCCCCAGAAGUGGCGAUUGUCUGAAUGGAAUCAGGAAAUGAUGGAAUGGCACCAAAGCUUGUGCGAUCCUGUCCUGUAGCUUUAACGAAGGGCACGCGCAAAAGUGAAGAGCUCUCACUCUGCUGCUGCUUUACGACACCACGAACCUCUUUACGGAGAGAGGGACGUUUUACUCAUGCUGCAUACAGAUGUGAGAUCAUGCAGAAGGUCCACCGUCUACUUGUGUUAUGAUCGCCCAAAGGGUUAAGCGACUACAGGAAGUUUAUCCCGGGCGUGUAUAAAGACGCUUCCUGUACUCCACUUGAAAGACACAUAUUUUGAAACAUUCAUGGCUUGACGUUACAUUAAGAUACACGAAGCAAGUAAAACAAGAAACAGCCCAAGAUGAACUACGUACCAGGGACAGCAAGUCUCAUAGACGACAUCGACAAGAAGCACCUGGUGUUGCUCCGAGAUGGCAGAACACUGAUCGGUUACCUGAGAAGCAUUGAUCAGUUUGCCAAUUUAGUUUUUCAUCAAACAGUUGAGCGCAUCCAUGUGGGGAAAAAAUUUGGUGACAUCCCCAGAGGAAUAUUCAUUGUGAGAGGAGAGAAUGUGGUGCUGCUUGGAGAGAUAGAUGUGGAAAAGCCCUGCGACACAGUCCUGCAGCAGGUCUCCAUUGAAGAGAUUCUGGAGGAGCAACGGUUGCAGCAGCAAGCCAAACAGGAGACGGACAAAGUCAAAAUGCAGGCCCUGAAGGACAGAGGCCUCGCCAUCCCCAAAGCGGAUAACUUGGAUGAAUACUAACCUUGAUUCCAUGAGCCUCUUUCUCAGUUUGUAUCAGACUGAUAAGUUUGACUUUGAGGUUUUUUUUUUGUUUUUUUUUGUUCAAGGCUGCAUCAUGCUGGGCCUGUAUACUGUAGUGUACUGUAUGAAUUUCAUUUGGAGAAAAAAAAUGUGAUGCUCAUUUGUUCAGAUCCUUACAGCAAAAUGAAAGAAUUGUGUUUAUGUAAGAUCACUCUGUCUGCAAUUUAGCAAUUAUUUUACAGCAGCACUUUCUAUUUUGUCAGUGAUAUGUCGAGCCUUUUUAUUUGGAGAUAUGUGGGCCUGCUAUUGACAAAAACUACGUGCUAUGCUCCAAUAAAGAGUUUAGUUUUUCAUUAUGGAAGGCAAGCUUGGAAAA